AUGGCGGCCAACAACCGCUCCUUUGCGGCGCGCAUCGCCUCCAUUACUUCACAGAGCACCCAGAUGGAAACAUGGGACGACGGCGACUUCGACGACCGCUCCGACGGCCUCCUCUUCAAGAACUCAACAGUACACUCGCUCUCUUCGCGCAUGAGCGUGCGCUCCGAAACCGAAUCCCAGGACGACUGGCAGUUCCUGAUAACGCCAGACGACCAAGCAACCAACACGUCCGCAAUCAAGACGGCCGCGAAACAGGCGGGCAUUCCGAUACCCACAAGCGUGCCGUCGUCGGCACUACUAGGAGGAUCCAUCAAGAGGCUGGGCAAGAAGAAGUCGACCAAGAAGAUCGACGUCGACGACGACUGGGGAAAUGAUCUCGAGCUGCCCACCAACGCGACGGAAGGACUGAAGCUGAAGACGCCAAAGCCACGCACGCCAGCAGAAGAGCAGGACGAUGAUUUCGACUGGGGCGAAGGUUCACUGGGCAUUCGAUUUGCAGGCACGCGACAGGGAACUCGCGGCGCACGCAGCUCCUCCGUGUCUGCCAUGAGCCCUAGUCUGGGCAGCAUCAUGACCAUGGAGAGUGAAGACGACGACUUGGGCGGCCUCGUCCUCCCCACCGAGCACAUGGACUUUGGUGCGCGUCUGGAGAAGCUCAAGAAGACCGAGCAACCACCACCACCACCAUUACCAACCCUACAGGCCUCGCUCCUUCCACCUUUACCGUUGCGCGAACAGCCCAUCGCGCCCAUGUCACCCACCUCGGCCCCCAUGCAAGAACCGCCCCUAUCACCCAGGGCCGCACCAUUGUCCCCUUCGCCAUUCAGCAGCCCCAAGACCAGCAGCCCCAAAGCACCAUCACCCAAAUCAAAGCCUGCGGCCGAAGAGGAAGACUUUGAGGAUGGUUUCGACUUUGGCAACGGCGAAAUUCUGGACCGACAGAAGCUGACCCUGAACAAGAACAUCGUCGUGAAGAAGACUGCUACCAAGACCACCGCUCCUCACGCUGCUCGCCCAGCAACUACCAUUACCUUCACCGACAGGCCCACCACAUCACGGAUACCCAGACCCCUGCCUUCCAUCGCCAGUCGCACUAGGCUUACCCCUGUCUACGAAAGCGGUGCGUCCACCUCGAACAACUCGACUCGGACCAUGCCUACGACUACCAGCGCCCAGCUGCUCCGUGCAAAGCGAUCUGCUCCUGUCCUCCGUAACAUGAAUACCAGCCAGGCACCACGCAUGCCGUUUCUUCCUGCCGGUGGAGCGUCCUCGCAAUCGCACCACGUCAUGUCAAAGAGCACUUCGCAAGCACACCUUCGCCGCGACUCCGACCCUCGCCGUCCACAGUCUCCCUCGAUGCGGACUUACUCGCGAUUGUCUGGCGGCGGCAACAAUGAGACACCGAGUCGCGCUUCGGUGAGACGUGACAUGGCCCCCUCUGCCCUUGCACGUCAUCCUGCCCCGAAGAAGCUGACCCAGCCCCAGCGCAAACGGAACUUUGGGGAUGGCCAUGAGCUCGAUCUGUUCGAUGACUUGCCCACCUCAGCUUCCAAAGAGAAGCAGUUCGAAAAGGUGCCGCGUAACGUCGCAAGCAACAAGUCGCUGCGACAUCAACCUAGCAAUUCACGCCUGCCGAUGCCUGAUCGAAUGCAAACGCCUAUGCCCCAGACACCUCGAAGUCCCCCCAAGAUGGACCAUACUCCUCGCUUUGCUCGUGACACUGCAGCAAGCAGGAAUGCACGUGAGCAGCGCUUGGCAGGUACGAGGUCACGGGCGGAGGGCCCCGUUUCCACUAGGCCCGUCAGUUGGGCUGCCCAAGUGGCCGCUCGUAGCCCUCAUACUAGUCCAUCUGCUCAGAGGAAGAAGGGCUCAGGACAGAAGCCGCAGUUGAUCAGGCAGAUGACGCAGCCUUAUACACAAAACGAAAAAGGUAUGAUCUAUAACCCGACUUUACAACGUUGGGAAGGAAACGAGGAGGCCCUUGUUUCGUUCUCACACCCUAAUACUUCUACUACAACCCUCGCUUUAACUACAGCGAGCACGCCUACCUUUGCCCCGCCGGGAAACCAGAUGAGCCGCGGCCAUGAUCGCUCACAGUCGAUCUCGCACAUUGCACUGUCGUCUAUCCAUGCCAACCAUGCCAACCAAGGGCAUAGAAGCUUUUCCUCGCGAGCAGCCAAGUUGGCUCAGCCCCCAACGCCUGCCCCAGUACCUUCUCCGCCACGACCGGCCCUGAUCUCUCAGAUCUCUGUGCCACGUAACGUCCAAUACGAAGGCCGUAUGGUUUUCGAUCCUGUCAAGAUGACUUGGCUCAAGGCGCCUCGACCGGCAAACGAUAUUGGGUCGCCUUCCGAAGCGGAUGAAGAAGAAGACCCAUUCGCUGGCCUCGACGACCUCAAAGAUAACGAGAGUGUCGCCGGUGGUAAUGGCAUGGGCAGAGCUGGCACACCGAACCCCGAUGACCCAACCUUUGUGGGCGAGGAGUUUGAUGUCGGACCCGGCUUCAUCCGUCGACAGCGUGACGAAGAAGCCAUUUGGCGACGACGAGUCGAAGGCUGGGUCGGCGGCCUUCGCGACAACGGCGAACAACGAGGCGGCUGGAGAUGGGCGAUUCGCGACUUCGCCGCCAGUGCCUCCGCUGGACACUCAGCCUAUUAA